AUGGAUUUAAUAAACUCAACUGAACAAAACAGUACAUCAGAAGAACCUUUCAAAUGGGCGACAUCCAAGAUUCUCAUUUCCAUUACCCUGUCUGUGCUUGCUCUAAUGACAACGGCCAUCAAUUCUCUCGUGAUGACUGCAAUAAUUGUGACAAGAAAGCUCCACCACCCUGCCAACUAUCUCAUCUGCUCUCUUGCAGUGACUGACUUCCUUGUGGCAGUCCUGGUGAUGCCUUUCAGCAUUGUCUACAUUGUGAAGGAGACCUGGAUCAUGGGCCAGGUGGUGUGUGACAUUUGGUUGAGCGUGGACAUCACGUGCUGCACAUGUUCCAUCUUGCACCUCUCCGCCAUUGCUUUGGACCGGUACAGAGCAAUCACAGAUGCCGUGGAAUAUGCCCGGAAAAGGACACCUAAGCAUGCUGGCAUCAUGAUAGCAGUUGUAUGGAUCAUAUCCAUUUUUAUCUCCAUGCCACCUUUGUUUUGGAGGCACCAGACAACCAGCAGGGAGGACGAAUGCAUCAUCAAACAUGACCACAUUGUCUCCACCAUUUACUCCACGUUUGGCGCCUUCUACAUCCCGCUGGCCUUGAUUCUGAUCCUUUACUACAAGAUCUACAAAGCAGCAAAGACAUUUCACAGGAGAAGCAUCAGCCGGAUCGUGAGGGAGGAGGGAGUGAACGGACAAGUCCUUUUGGACACAGGUGAAAGAAGCACCAAAUCAGCUUCAAUGCCCAGCACAACAGAGAAGACCUCAGAUGCUCUGGUCAGCUCCGAUAAAAUCAACAUCACCCUACGAAGCCCCAGGUCUGAAUCCAAGCAUGAGAAAUCCUGGAAAAAACAGAGAAUCUCCAGCACGAGAGAGCGAAAGGCAGCAACAACACUGGGUUUGAUCUUGGGGGCAUUUGUGAUCUGCUGGCUCCCGUUUUUUGUAAAAGAAGUAGUUGUUAAUACCUGUGAAGCAUGUCACAUCUCAGAAGACAUGUCUAAUUUCCUAGCGUGGCUGGGAUAUAUAAACUCCCUUAUUAACCCUUUAAUCUACACAAUCUUUAAUGAAGAUUUCAAGAAAGCCUUCCAGAAGCUUGUACGGUGUGGGCAAUACCUUUAAGAGCGUUUGUUCAUAUAAGGAGAACAUAGUCAUUGUUUUUUAACCUGCAUAAAUUUAUAUAACUCAGAUGGUAUUUGUUGUAUUUGAGCAAAGCACCAGGACUCUGCAUUUACAUUAUAAUGACUUUUUUUUUUUUUGUACAGGUAAUAUUGGGAGCAUUAAUUGCCCAAGUUUUAAAGAGAUGGAUCAUCUGGGAUUGGUUUUGCUCUAGAAAAAGAGGUAGCAUACUGUGGCUCUGAUCCAGUUGGGAUUUGCACAGCUGCCUAGCUUGAAGCAUAAGGUAUUACCUUAUAUAUGAAGGAAAUAUGCAUUUGAGGUAGACAAAGAAACAAAACUUUUUUUUAAAUAACCCUCAGUCAUAAAUGAAAUGUUAAG